AUCAGUGUAAUUAAUGAGUUAUUUUUAUUUUCCUUUUUCAAAUGUUUUUUCAUUGAGAAACAUUUUUUGAACGAUAUGUUAGUGUAAUCAUGACAUAAGUCUUCAGGGGCUGCAUACGAGGGAAUUACAGAUGUAACGAAAUGUCAAGGACCUCCACAUUUACAGUCGUGAUUUAAGAACUACAAAUGUUCCCAAGACUCCUCAGUCGAGACGUGUGUUUCAUGUUGACUCUCUUGCUUUGGGCACUCUUUGACUCUGCUGCUUAGCAACAAACAUUAGCGAGCUAGCCAGUUGCCUGGUUAGCUACUCUCAUGCGCAACGUAGUUAGCCGAAACGCAGGAUCGCCGACAGACAGUAAUGCCAACAGAUAGUAAUUUUCAUCCCGAAAAUGUCACAGAUAUUACUAAGUUGUCGACGUUAAUUAAACUUUAUCUGCCGCUCUGAAGCGGAGGACGCUGUCUCUGUGCAGCCAUAAGCUAGAUACCAUUAACGGGCGGAGCAGAAGGUUCUUUUCUCUGGGAAAAGUGGCUAACCUUAGCUAGGUAACCUUAGCACCAGAGUCAUUACCGUCCUCUUCCCACUGAGAAAAGCCGAGGGAGAUAUGUAGAUAUGUGAUUGCGGGUUAUCUGGCUGGUUAGGUCAUCUAAUGUUGGCGGACAUCGGAUGAGUCGUAACGUGAUUUUACAGGUGGUAUAUGUGUUUGUGUCACAUCACUGAAACUACCCAGGGAGAGUGGAACUGAGAAAACCAGCCAGACAACGCCACCAUGUUGGAAGAGGACAUGGAAGUGGCCAUCAAGGUGGUCGUAGUCGGCAAUGGAGCUGUUGGCAAGUCCAGUAUGAUCCAGCGUUACUGCAAGGGCAUAUUCACUAAGGACUACAAAAAGACCAUUGGAGUGGACUUCCUGGAAAGGCAGAUAAUUGUAAAUGAUGAAGAGGUCCGACUAAUGCUUUGGGACACAGCUGGACAGGAGGAAUUCGAUGCUAUCACCAAGGCCUAUUAUCGAGGUGCUCAAGCAUGUGUACUAGUCUUCUCUACCACAGACAGGGAGUCAUUUCAGGCUAUUGACAGCUGGAGGGAGAAGGUGGAGGCAGAGGUUGGAGAUAUUCCCACAGUUCUGGUGCAGAACAAAAUUGAUCUCCUGGAAGAGACUGUUAUAAAAAACGAGGAGGCAGAAGCUUUGGCUAAAAGACUUAAACUGAGAUUUUAUCGAGCUUCAGUGAAAGAGGACCUUAAUGUCACUGAGGUUUUUAAGUACUUAGCUGAGAAGUAUCUUCAGCGACUCAAACAGCAAACAGCAGAGGAGACUGAGGUGGUCCACACGACAAGCAAUAAAAUAGGUGUUUUUAAUACCACAAGUAGUAACGUCUGCAACCAGAACUCCAGCAAUGGCAGAGAAGUCAUCACUUUGAGACCUAACAAACAAAGGACCAAGAAGAGUAAAAAUCCUUUUGGAAGUUGCAGCCUACUUUAGAUAGAAUCAUUUAAUUUUAGUGACAGACUAUUGUUUCUAAGACUAGAUGGGUCAUUGUUCUAUUCAAUGGAGGUAGCCACAUUUAGAGACCAAAGCCCAUACAGACUGGGAAAUACUACUCUAUAUUACUUUAAUAACCUGAUGUUAAAUCUCUAUCCCCAAACUGAUGGUUGAAUUUCUUUUGGUUCAGCCCUGGAAUCUCCAUCAAUGAUGUGCACACAAAAUGUCAGUGUUUGUACAAUCUUGGGUCCUCCUUGUGGUUUCUUUAAGUAACAGCUGCAGCUACAGUAUGUUAUGUCAUGAAUUUAACCAACCCGCCCAAAAACAACUGUCUGUGGGUGCUGGUGUUUUUUUUCUUUUUUCUUUUGAAUAUGACUUGAUAUACAAGCCUCUCAUCAAAAUAUGUAACAGCAAAGGUUGCACUCUUGCUCUGUGAAAACAUUUGCUCCUGGUCAUCCAUUCAUGUGUUUGACAUUUCAACCGUGCAAUAUGUUUGCAUGUAUUGUAGAAGAUACACAGAUUAUUUUGUACCAUAUUUUUCUAACUGUCAACAGAAUAUGGUUCAGACUAUACUGUUUAUCGUGGAAAAAAACACUAUCGAAUCCAGAGUUAAUUCUCUGUGCAGAAGUAUUUUUGUACGAAUCACAACAGUGUUGAGUGAUAUUUUAAGUGUUGACAUAGUGCCAAAUUUCCAUUUUCUGAGCUGUAGUUAGAUAUAAACACUGCAGUGAUUUGGAUGUAACAUGGAAUUAAUAGAAUGUGCUCCUGUGUAUAACCAAAUAUCAAUAACUCUUGACACUAAAUAGUCCUUUAUGUCUGCUUAUGAUCCACUUAUUUACAGAUUUGUUAACCAAAUUCUUUUCACAAAGACUUUCUCAAAGUCUAGGACUUUAUGAUGUAAAUCAUGAGUUGAAUUAAUAAUACUCUGCUCUUUGAGUUGUAGUAUAGUAAGUCACAAUCAGUUAUGGCACUAUGUUUUGAUUUCAGUUGUUUACAUUUGACAUAUUUCAUAUUGAACUGAGCUUUUCUUUGAUUUUGGUACAGCUUUGAGUAACUCAUUGGUUAGCCUCAGUAAAAAAGAUUCAAUACCUAUGUAUUCUGUUUUCACUAUACUUCUAACAUUUCACACACUAAAUAUGGUACAAGACUUUUGUUUUUAUUUUUUGGUUUGGCUUGUGUAGUAUUUUAUCUGUUAUUACAAUUUUGUUAAUAUCAUUCUGCUGCUUUUUGAUGGGGGAAAGGGAUAAGGAGUGGGAAUAGAGAGUUGGAAAGACUGAACGCUCACUGCUCAGUAGCAUCUGUAUCUUUAGUAUGGAGUCUAAAGCAGAGCAUAAACCCUUACUCUCUGAAGGUGUUACAAAAAGCUGACCAUCAGGAUUGGAUAUUUUUCUGUUGAAGUGCCUGAAUAUGCAAGGAAAUCCAGUUUCUUCUCACUACAUGAGGGUACUCCAAAAAUAAUGUCUCAAACUAAUUCUCAGUCCUAAGCACAGAUAGAUAUGACUAUAUGUUAUUAAUUUGUCUGCAUCAAGCAUUUUUAUAUUUUUUUCCCCCCAAAACUCAUUAUCUGAAAGAUGUCGGUUUAACCAAGCACAAAGAAAUCUGUGGUAAAGGCUUAUAUUAGAUUGCCUGUCUAAAAUUAACAUUUCUUUAUUAAUAGAUAAUAAGUAUUUUACAUGGAAUUAGAACACAUAGGACCUCUGGGAUGAUUACAUGUGCGUGCAUGUUUAUAUCUUUCUAAAAGUUUUGUAACUGAUCUUGGAUCUGUGUAAGAGGCUCAUUCAAUAAUCAAAUGACGUUCAGAUGGGACUGAAGAUAGUCAUUUUUUUCACUUCAUAGCCUAUUGUAAUGGGUUUAAAGUAUGUUUAACAGUUGUACCAUUGGAACAAAGGUAGCGUCAUACUUCAAGCUUUCUCAUUUGGUUAUAUGUAAACAGUUUGGUUUUGAAGAAAAAAAGAAGAAGAAACAGUGGCAUAACUAAUGCAUGCAUGCCUUUUUCCAUAUCAGUAAAUGUUCAACCAUGGUUGCAAUGCCACAAUGCCUUGUCCUUGUUUACAUUCUCCCCCACUGACCACUAGUUGGCAUUUUAAUCCUACUCUUGCUGUUUGUUUAAAACUGCCUGCACAGUAAAUCUGUAAAUAAUUCUUUCUGAAGCUCUCUCUUACUUGUAACAUUGUGUUUACUUUGCCUUUUUUGCUUUUUGACUGAAUGGAGUUAGCGCACUUUAUCAUUAAGAUGGCAUAUAAUCUUAAAGAACCAUAAGUUAAAACUAACCAUACUUAUGUGCUGUCACUCAGGUGUUGUAAUAAUCUUUGUGUCUUACUGUUUUUUCACUCACAACUUCAUAAACCAAUUACACGCAUUUAGAUAGACAAACCAACAUAUGUAUACUUACAGUUUGACAAAAACAGCACUCAUUGUUGGAUUUUUGUUUUCAGCAGUUACAAAUGUACAACUUGAAGUGUGCCACACAACUUGUGCACCUGAUGUUAAGUUUGGGGGGUGAAGUUGAUGGUAAUCUGACUUAAAUAAAACUUUACUUUUUUUCUUGGA